UAGUUUUUAGUCGAUCCGGUAUUUAAAAGCUUUAAGGGGACCUCCUUUCAGUUAUUUUUUAAAAUUAAUAGUACCUAGACUCGUACCUUUUAGUCUAUUUACUUUUAAUACUCGUCAAGAUGCGCAUUUCUUCCAUCUUAACUACCGUCGUCGGCGCCAGCUCUGCGUCCGCGGCUGUUAUGCGAAUUGCUGCUGCUUCUGCACCUUGGGAAUGGUCUGUAACAGGAUGGAGCGCCGGUUGCGCGCGAGAAUGCCACUAUAACUUCAACAUAACCGGCGACGCGAGCUCCACAUCGAAGCCAGCUAGACCUUCGUUUAAGGCGUACUGCGGCGGAUCAGGUGAAGGCUCUAACUACAGAGCCUGUACGCCACUCGAGGAGACAGAAACCGACUACCUUGUCCUUGCGAAACUUCUCCCGAGUAACGCCACCACCAACGGAACGUCGCACAAGCCUCAGAUCCAAGUGAGCGUAAAGUUCAUCGACCUGGAUACCCCUACAACAUGGUGGAACUACACUGGAAAGGCCGUGGCGUCGUACAACCAAUUCGUAGCCCCUCUUAUGAACUUCACCAUCACUCCCGAUACCAUUUACGGUGUAGCCUAACCGCGGG